AUGAAGAUUUUAUUCCAGUUACAGAUGUUAAGGUUCGUCGGGAGUCCAAAGUUACCUGGGAGGUAUUUUCAUCAAGGCUCCCAGGUUUUGGCUCCUCUGAAUCUUUCUGACUUUGAAGCUAUAAAUCGCUGUGAACGAGACUUGCCAGACCACUUCAACUUUGCUGGGGAUGUACUGGAUGUUUGGGCUCAGCUGGAAAAGAAAGGAGAGCGUCCUCCCAACCCAGCGCUCUGGUGGACUAACGGCAAAGGAGCCGAGGUGAAAUGGAACUUUGGAGAGUUGGGUCUUUUAUCCCGCAAAGUAGCCAAUGCCCUCUCUAGCUCAUGUGACCUCCAGAGAGGAGAGAGAGUUGCUGUGAUUCUCCCCAGAAUUCCAGAGUGGUGGCUGGUCAAUGUGGCUUGUAUGCGAACAGGACUUGUCUUCAUGCCUGGGACAAUACAGCUGACUGCCAAAGACAUUCUGUACAGGCUACAGGCAUCCAAGGCCAAAUGUAUUGUCGCUAGUGAUGAGGUAGCCCCAGCUGUGGAUUCUAUCGUAUCCAACUGCCCUGCUUUGAAAACCAAGAUUCUGGUAUCAGAAAAUAGUCGCAAUGGAUGGCUAAACUUCAAUGAGUUAUUUAAAUCAGCCUCUGAAGAACAUAACUGCGUGAAGACGGCAAGCCAGGAACCAAUGGCUAUCUAUUUUACCAGUGGAACAACCGGCUCUCCCAAAAUGGCCCAGCACUCACAGAGUAGCCUUGGUAUUGGGUACACUCUUUGUGGAAGGUACUGGUUGGACUUGAAACCUUCAGAUAUCAUGUGGAACAUGGCUGAUACUGGCUGGGUGAAGGCUGCCAUCGGUAGUGUCUUUUCAACCUGGCUUCAAGGAUCCUGUGUCUUCGUGCACCGCAUGGCCCAGUUUAAUACGGAUAUCUUCUUAGACACUCUUAGCAAAUACCCCAUAACCACUCUCUGCAGUGCCCCAACUGUAUACCGGAUGCUUGUUCAAAAAGACCUCAAGAGCUAUAGCUUCAAAACUUUGAGGCACUGCUUGACUGGAGGGGAGCCACUCAACCCAGAAGUGAGAGAACAGUGGAAGAGCCAGACAGGACUGGAACUGUAUGAAGGCUAUGGACAGACAGAAGUGGGAAUAAUCUGUGCCAAUCAGAAAGGUCAAGAAAUUAAACCUGGAUCAAUGGGGAAGGGAGUGCCACCUUAUGAUGUCCAGAUCAUAGAUGAAAAUGGUAAUAUUCUGCCACCGGGUAAAGAAGGAGAAAUUGCCCUUAGAAUGAAGUCUACAAGACCUUUCUCUUUCUUCUCUGAAUAUGUGGACAAUCCAACGAAAACAGCUGCCACUAUCAGGGGAAAUUUUUAUGUCACUGGAGACAGAGGGAUAAUGGAUAGUGAUGGUUAUUUUUGGUUUGUUGGAAGAGCUGAUGAUGUCAUCAUAUCAUCUGGGUACCGCAUUGGACCAUUUGAAGUUGAAAGUGCCCUAAUUGAACAUCCAGCUGUUGUAGAAUCUGCUGUAGUCAGCAGUCCAGAUCCUAUCAGAGGAGAGGUGGUAAAAGCUUUUGUUGUCUUGGCUGCACCCUAUAAAUCUGCCAACACAGAGACAUUGACUCUGGAGCUUCAGAAUCAUGUGAAGAAAGUGACAGCACCUUACAAAUACCCCAGGAAGAUGGAAUUUGUUCAAGAACUACCAAAGACCAUCACUGGGAAAAUAAAACGAAAUGUACUAAGAGACCAAGAAUGGGGACGAGCUUAACUUGAACGAAUGAAGAGAUGCCUCUUUUGCAUUUACAUGGCAUUCUUUUGUCUGCUUUACUUUUUUACUUUUUUUUUUUUACUUUUACUUUUUUACUUUUACUUCUUGCUGAUCUUAAUCAUAUUCUUGUGACUGGUUACUAUCAAAUCAUAGCACUGUACAAUGUUUGUGGGGCUUAUUUUUCCAGUUGAAAAACUAAAAUGUUAAAUUCCUGCUUUCUCUAACCCUUUUUUUUUAAGCCUUAAAGUAAUCCAAAAAUAUUUGGAAAAUGACCUUUUAAUCUGUAGAACCAAAGAAUUAAAGCUAUACUUCCACUGUCUUAUGCUUUAUUUGCUAAAAAUAAAGUUACUAAAAACUUCAGAAGGGAAUAUUUUAGGGAUAAAAACUAUG